AUGAGGUCCAGGCUUUUGGUAAUUGGCGCCGGUGAGCUUGGCACGGCGUGUGCGCUGUCGCUGCUGGCAAACAUGGGAGGGAGGGACGCUCGGGCCGGGGAUGUGGUCACAAUGUGUGCCCGCGACAGGGAAUAUCUGCAGGAGCUGGAACACGGCUCACAAACGUUUCGGUUGUUUGGAAGAAACAUCCGCGUUCCAUCGCAGAUGUGCUUCCAAGCCCUGGGCGAGGAAAUGGCAGAGGAGGCCUUUCACUGCGAGGCUUCGUUGCUGUGUGUGCCUGUGUCGUGUUUUGCAGAGGGAAACGGCGACACUCCGCGUGAGAAAGCAUCUGCUGGUGUGUGUGAUUGCCUUGGAAGGCAUGCGGAUGCGCCUAUAUUUGUUUUUGGUCGCGGUUUUUCACGGGACGGACUCACGCCUGUGGAGGAACUGAACCGCGUGAUUCGUCCCCGGCCGUCGAAGUUAGUCGUCGUCUCGGGGCCGUUGUUUGCGAAGGAGUGGGCCGCAGCGUCGGUGCAGGAAAACACCACUAGCACCAGCAGCAGAAGCAGCAGCCAUGCUGCCAGUAGAAAUAGUGGGGUGUCUAUUGCAUUUGCCAUGGCCGAUGAAACGGACGCGGAGACGCUACAAGCAGUGAAGGACAUAUCGCAGCGUCUUUGGUGCCGCGAGAGUGUCACGUGGUUGACAGAACCGAAAUCUUCAGGGCUUCUUUCACUUGUUAACGGGUGUUUCCCGUUGUGUAGUAUGGGCGCUGGAAUGGUGAGCAGCGAGUACCCUGCCUCUGUCUCAGCGAUGAUGUCUUACAUGCAGCAUGCCAUUAGCGCGACGGAGAAACUCGUGAACGAAGUCCUCUCCCGUCCGCAAGGCGCACCUUUGCCGGCGUGUGCGGUAGCCACACUCGCGAUGGCGUGCACGAAUCAUGCCUCACGAGAGUUUAUUUUUGGGCGACGCCUAAACUUUCAUUUUCGUCAUCGUGAUGCCAUUCGUGCUGUUUUUCCAGGGAACUCCCAUGAGUCGCUGGACGCGUCGGUGGCAGGACUUCACACACUAUUGAAGCGGCGAUCGUUUUCAUCGCCGUUCUAUGAAGUGUUGAUGGACGCGUUCCUGACGGUUUUGCGGGCCUCUGUGGCAGGGCGCGGCCUCGUGAAGACGGGAUGUUACGAUUACCGUGAUCAACUCUCUGUUGAGGAUGCCCCGCUGCUUCGACACGUGUUGGCGGUGGACGAAGCAAUGCAUUCAGGCGAUGAAGACCGCUUCAAUAAGGCUCGCCACACAUUGGAGGUUGAGUUUAAUAAUUCUGCGACGCCAUCAUCAGGGUUGUGA